UAUCUAACUGGCAUAUUAAAUCAUAAGGGUUAAAAAUGAAUUCGAAAAGAACGUUUAUGAUGGCGAGACUCAUUUUUAUCCUUUUUAUAGCAGGAUUAUUUUUGAUCGGCCGUUCCUCUGGCUCUGCUUUGAAUCAUGCCGAGGAAAACAAAGGGACGGAGGUACCUCCGCCGCACCUUCAAGCAAAUUCCAAUUCAAGCUACAAUUAUUUAGGUCGGCUAUUGCUGGAUAUAGAAAACACGUGGUGUGCAUUCAUAAAAGACAACCAAAAAUUGGUCAAGGACGUAUUGAGUGUUUAUUUUCAACAUUUGAAUGAAUUUUUAUGCCACAAUUCUUCCGAGACGACAUCAGCAUUCAAGAAUGCUUUUUUGACAUACUCGGGCCUAGUGAAAGAUCCAGAGAGCGAAAAUGCGAGGUUGGUUUGGUCUACUUUCGAACGACUCCGCAACAUGUGGUGUGAAUUUGCUAAUAACGAAAGCCUUAUAUCGGAACACGUAUUACCAAAAUUGAACUUCACUAACCUGAACUGGGAAUCGAUUUUUAAGGAAUUACCCAACGAUUUGUUAAAACUAAAACAACUUCUACUCGGUUUAGAGCACAAUGUCAGCAAAAGGAGUCCAGAGAAUACAUUACUUCCAACUCUCGGUAUGAACUGGGUACGUGAAACACUUAUGCUCAAUAAAGAUGGCUCGAUUUGGAAAGGAUUUGAACAGUAUAGCAAUAUGAAGUUAGAUGCAGCCAUGGAUGCAAUUUUGGCUGACGAUGCUGCUGAUUUUAUAAAUGUUUCCGAUUUUCGGAAAUUGUUUUCAAAAGAAAACGGCAACAAUAAAACGAGAGAACCCUUUGAAAUUGCCCAAUUAAUUGCGGUAGCGGCCGCCCAAGCUAUAAAAUCUAUCCAAAAGGAGUAUCCAUUAGACCCCGAUGACAUGUAUUAUCAACUUAGUAAAAACGAGCAAGCAGAGAAGAAAAGGAUAUUUUUACAACAUGUCAAUAGUUUUGUUUACAGUAAAAUAAAUCGCCCAUUGCAGAUUUUCAAUGAAGUUAAUUAUAUUAAGAAUUAUGCCAUGAAAAGUAAAAAAACCAAUCGACAAUUACUAAAAGACACGACAGCAUUGAUAAAAUCCAGAUUAUUAGAGCCUACAAGCCUAUUUAUAUGGGAAGAAAUUAAUGUGCCCAAAGUCUACUGCAUUACACCUAUAGCAAAACGGGCUGUUAAUUUAUUGGUCACCAGUAAUAAUACAACAUGGGAUAAUAGGCAUUCCCAAAAUUUAAAAAGUGUUAAGAGAGACGCCAAAUCGAUACCCAAUUCAGCCAAGAUGGAUUUUUUCAAAUUCUUCACCAUCACGAUGGAGCAGUUAGGAAAACAAUUACACAAAUACGAGUCUGAAGGAAAAGAGAGUUUUGAUGAGGACAUUACACUGUUUAACGUCAGUGUUAAUAACAAAUUGGAAGGAAUCUUGAGGAGCUGUUCUCUUUCAAACACAUCUGCGUCUGACCCUAUGAAAGGUUGCAAUAACACCGUAACGUUGGAAAGCGCUGGAAUUAUACUUGUUUCAUCGGCGGUGCAUAUCGGGCUCGAAUUGGAGCAUAGUAAAUUUCCUACCGAUUAUAAUACAAUGAGCCGAGAACAACAGGCGAAGGAAAAAUUGCGAGUAUUGAAGGCCUUUUACAAAGCGGUUUCGAUGAUGGAUAAGGAUAAACUUUUUGAAUGUGUCUACAACUUCAUUACUAAGGACAUUAUGUCUCCCGAUAAAACCUUCCGGGAUCUUUUGGAAUAUUUGGUAGAAUGCCUGAAAGAAAAAGCCAUGAAACCGGAAUUUUAUAAAGGAGAAAAAACCUUUGCCCAUGCAGGACACCAUCAUCGACAUGCGGCUUCUCGACUACGAAGAGGCUUGCAUCAAGAUUUUCUGUUCAUGAAUCGGUUAGUGAAGAAGGUUAAACGUUCUGCCAACGAUCGGCCAAUGUCUAAAGAGGAAUGGAAAGCAAAAAAGGAGCAGUUUUUCAGGAAUCAGAUGUUUGGCCAAGAAAACAUCGACCCCCACAAUGAAUCUUUAACGGAUAUAGAAAAGAACGUGAAAGGAAUUCUGGAUGGUUUUGCGAUCGAGAGCGGCUCUGGAGACAAGCCGACAACCCUCAAAAUGUCUAAAAAGUGGAAGCCUGUCGUGCAAAGGAUCAGGAGGGCAUCUGGUGAAAACCUGACUGACGAGGUCGGCUCAAGCGAAGACGAGGAAAGGUUAUCGUUAUCACAGGACGAAAAGAUUGUGUUGGAAGAGGCAUUGGACAGGAUCAUCAGCGCUAUUAUCAACCACAGAAACGAGCUGAUGUCACGGACCCGCAAGUUCAUCAGCCUGGUCGUCCACAUCUUGGCCAAAAGUGAAAAAAUGGAACCGGAAGCGCUCAGCUGCAUCGCCCGUGCCGGUGUCACUUUUAUGUCCGAGACGAGAAAACACCUGAACACGGUUUUCAAAGGAUUCAGAUCUGAGCUGGAGACAAUGAAGAAAACGCUCUGGAGUGAGGACAGCGUCGACGGAAGCGACAAAGACGAGACUAUAACUAAAUUGAUAUCUGCUGAGCUCAUGCGCGAUGUGGAAGACGCCAUAGCAGCCAGCUCGCGAACUUACGAAGUCAACAAAGUCCGCUUAUUCGAAAAGUUCAUGAUAUGCAAGGCCAAGAAUUCCAUUUAGGCCGGUUUUUGAGUUCCUUUCUUUUCAAUUAGUUAAUAUCUUAAUUAAUAUCGUUUAUUGUAUGUUUCUAUUGUAUGUUGCUACAAGUAUAAAAAAGAAUUUUGUUAUUAUA